AUGACUAGUACGCAUAAAAGUAGCCAAUCUCGAAUAGCUGGAUCGAAAAGACUACGUAAGAGCUGCGAUACUUGCUCCCAAUCGAAGGUAGGCUGCGAUAAAGUCAAACCAGUAUGUGAGCGCUGCGCAGAACGCCGCCUUGAAUGCAGUUACUCUGUAGCUCGUCGCCCAGGCCGAGUGUCACAGCGUCAUCAAAAAGACAGUCAGGGUAGCAUUGCCAGGAGCCGUGAUGAGGAUAGCCUGGCCUCAGGUCAUGAGUCCCGUCCAUUGUCAAGAUCUCGUCCUUUAUCAGCAUCUUCCAAGUCCCCUGGAAGCGAUAUGGGAAGAAAGGAGAGUCCAUGGAAGCCCUCUGAAACAUGCAUCAACCUCGAACCUGUGGCUCACACGCCUGAUCCAGCAUUGAUCAACCUUCAUCCAACGAAUGAAAACAUGUCAUUUGACGAUCUCUACGCUUCAAUGGUUGAAAAUGGGCUCUUCGGGACUGGGGCCCCAUCUCCUAAUAUCUCGCAAGACAUAAACACUGCAUAUGACAGUAAUGGCAAUCAAAGUGCCACGACUGCCUUGGACUGGACGACAGAUUUGUUCGGAUUUGAUGAAAUCUCAAUGAACUACGAUACACUCCCCAUGCUGGACUUUGUCAAUUCUCCGAAAGAGCUCUCGAUUUUUGAGCCUUCCAAUACGUUCUCAGUGGAAAUCGACAGUCGUUCCCAAACCCACAGCCCAGCGCACCAGAGCAAAUUACCAAUUUCCAGUCAGGUCCAGAAAGCAUCGAAAUGCUCCUGUUUGGAAACUUCUGCACUAUUGCUACAACGACGAUCAGCACCAGAGGGGGAUGGUUCUCGAAAGGACAUCGUCGAAUCGAUACUGGAGUCCAACUGCUCUCUGAUUGAACAGACCGAGAACAUGCUCCAGUGCACAUGUGCGGGCGACGAUUCCGUGCUGGUGAUGAUCUUCAUGAUUACCUUUAAGAUCCUUGGCUCCUACGCGAGAGCUUUUGCCGCUCUCGACAGUCCUCCACGAACACCUUGUAUUCGCCCGAGAGUCGUCGCUGAAGGGGGCUUCUCGCAGUGGUCACGGGAGAAUGUUGCGCUAAUUGAGGAGAACUCUGAGCUUCGCUCUAGCACGCAAAGGAUUUUGAGUGAGCUGCAUAAAGUGCAAGGGCUCAUCAACAGAGCGUCACAUGGUUACCGCGAGCAACGACGCUCGUCAUCGUCUUUAUCGUCAUCGUCCUCAUCAACGCUUUCGUCGUUGGCAUCGUUAGCAGUCCGGACCCCUUCCAUCACCACAGAAGUGGAAGUACCAGAGUCUGACGACAAUCUCAAAUUGCCGGACGCUCUACUAGAUCAAUUGGAGUUGGACUUGCGUAAGCGGCUACGAGCGCUCUCUACGAGUGUUAUAGAGAAAUUACGUUGUUUCUGA